AGAAGCUGAAAAAACCAAAAGGCUUCCUCUUUUCCCCUCCGGCUAGCCAGGGCGCUCCCUGCCCCUGGAUCCCUUCCCUCUGAUUGGAGCCAGGAGACGAGCCAGGUGGUGGGAGAGUGAAGAUAUUGGUAAGGAAUCCGAACCCUUGUCGCUUGCUUCGAUUUCCAGUCUUCUGAUCUUCUCUUUGCUGAUCACCCCCGAUAUAUACUCUCUCUUCAACCACGCCGGAUCUCAUCUCCUUUGAUUUUGUUCUCUCACCCUCCACGGCGGCGAGCGGGACGAACCGACGAGCCCUGAAGCUACCAUGGCAGCCUUACCAUUGGCCACCGCGGAGGUCUGCGACGCAAAUUCACAUCUAAUCACCAACGGUGAGCUUCGCGCCCUCCAGCCCAUCUUCCAGAUAUACGGGAGGCGGCAGGUCUUUGCUGGCCCCGUCGUGACACUCAAGGUAUUCGAGGACAACGUCCUGGUCCGCGAGUUCUUGGAGGAGAAAGGCCAGGGCAGGGUGCUGGUGGUGGAUGGCGGCGGGAGCCUGCGGUGCGCCAUCCUGGGUGGCAACCCCGUCCAGCAGGCGCAGAACAACGGGUGGGCAGGCAUCGUGGUGAACGGCUGCGUCCGGGAUGUGGAUGAGAUCAACGGGUGCGACAUCGGUGUGAGGGCGCUCGGCUCGCACCCGAUGAAGGCGAACAAGAAGGGCGUGGGCGAGAAGCACGUGCCAGUGACUGUUGCUGGCACCAGGGUCUGCGACGGUGAGUGGCUCUAUGCUGACACUGAUGGCAUCCUCAUCUCCAGUACCGAGUUGAUCGUGUAGAUCCUUGGUGUUUCUGAGUGUUUGUUCCCUGUUUCUCUGUGGAUGUAUUACUAUUUGUCUUGGUCUGUAAAAGGAGGACGAAUUGAAUUGGGGCUCUCUGCAUAAAAGGACAUCCUGGCUCUGCUGUUGCUGUUGUUAUAUCUGAAAGUUCUGAUGGUGUUUAUAUCUGAAGUUCUAAACUCCUGUAAUAAAAUGAGGAAUGGCAAUAAUAACAAUAAUUGGAUGAC